AUGCAUUUGUCAGAAAGGAGACUUUUCAGCCAAGUGUCACGCUUGGUGGUUGUGGGCAGCUUGAUGCUCUUUGCAAUAGCGGUGUUGAAAUACACCAGUUGGGAGUGCGAACUCCAAGACUUGGGUCAGGACAGCACAGAUCCGAGAAGCCAGUCUUGCAAAGACCAGCUCUACCAGUCGCUGAAGUUGUCUCCCCGGGGCAACAUCAGUUGUUCUCAACUCAGCCACGGAGACCCUGAAGCUGUCCAAGAGGCUCUGCUGAACCGGUUGCAACAGAAAACCGGGGGGGACCAUUUACAAGAAGAGCACUACCUCAACAUGACCAAAGACUGUGGCCUUUUCAAAGCCAGCCGGAAAUUCAUCGAGUUCCCCCUGAGCAAAGAGGAGGAAGACUUCCCCAUUGCUUAUUCCAUGGUGAUCCAUGACAAGAUUGAGAUGUUUGAAAGGCUGUUGAGGGCCAUCUACGCCCCCCAGAAUGUGUACUGCGUCCACGUUGACACCAAGUCUCCGCAACCUUUCCAAGAAGCAGUUCAGAGCAUCGUCUCCUGCUUUGGGAAUGUCUUCAUGGCAUCCAAGCAAGAAAGGGUGGUUUAUGCCUCUUGGGGCAGAGUGCAAGCUGACCUGAACUGCAUGGAAGACCUCCUCCAAACCAAGGUACCAUGGAGGUACCUCCUCAACACCUGCGGGACCGACUUCCCCAUCAAAACCAAUGCAGAGAUUGUCCGAAGCCUCAAAGUUUUGAAUGGGAAGAACAACAUGGAGUCGGAGAGGCCAUCGGCAUACAAAAUAGGCCGAUGGAAAUACCACCACGAAGUGACGGAUUCUGUGGUCAGGACAGAAACAGAGAAAAGCCCCCCUCCGCAAAGCUCCCCCAUGUUCACCGGGAACGCCUACGUCGUGCUCACCAGGGAAUUUGUCCAACACCUCUUCCAAGACCCAGUGGCCAAAGAAGUCAUAGAGUGGUCCAAGGAUACCUACAGUCCCGACGAGCAUCUCUGGGCCACUUUGCACCGCAUCCCAGGAAUGCCAGGCGGGGUCCCUUUCAACAGCAAGUUCGAUCUCACGGACAUGAACGCCAUCGCAAGGUUGGUGAAGUGGGCCUACAGCGAAGGGGACAUUGCGAAGGGGGCACCGUAUCCUCCUUGCACGGGGACAUCCCGGCGAGCAGUGUGUGUCUAUGGAGUCGGGGAUCUUCACUGGGUAUUGUCUCAGCAUCACCUUUUUGCCAACAAAUUUGACCCUCGGGUCGAUGAGUACGCCAUCCAAUGUUUGGAAGAGCACCUGCGUUACAAAGCAAUCUAUGGAAAGGCACUCUAGAGAAUUCCUUAAAUGAUUCUGAACUAACUUUUCUGAGAACUUGGCAAUGUUUUAAGUAGUUUCAGUGCACAGAUCUUUUGCAUUUUGGAUGCACUUUUUAAAAAGCCAGUAAGUUCUCAGAUAUGAGCCGAAACACAUGCACCUGCGGAUGUUGCAAAGGGACACCGCAUUGUUCCUAGGACAGGUGUGUGGGUGGAGGAAGAUGACUUAUGGAGCAGAGUUUACU